AUGUCUUCGUCUCUUGCUGCCAAGCUCUCGGGCAUCACUUUGCACAACAAUUUUAGCGCCCAUUCUUUCGACAACGUUGCGGAGUCGGAAUUGCAAGGCUCCGGCUACCAGUCCCCAAAGUUCUCCGGGAAAAACGCUCAGAUGACUAAGGUUAUGGACAAAUUGGAUGAGACCGGUCUCAUUCCAGAUACUCUCAUUGAACACGAAACUAAAUGGUUUUACGAGCAAUUGGGUAUCGAUGAUACCUUUUUUGCUGCGGAAACCGUUGAUGCAAUUGCUGCUCAUAUUUUGGCUCUCUACUCCUCCAAAGUCGAGGCAUUUGCUUGUGGUAAUGAUGCAACCCAUUUUCACCAUAAGCGCAUUGCUGAGGACGGCUCUCAUGCUGUUUAUUUUGCUACGGAACCCGAUUUUGUCGAGUUUGAGCAUGAAAUUGACGACGAUUUCCUCGACAAAGAGGCAUAUCGCUUGGUUUCUUUCGCCUCAACCUUGCCUAAUGGUGCUAAGUUACUGUGUGACUUUGUCUACAAGUGCAUAUUUAGCGAGAAGGACGGAGCAACUGGUAUAGAUGCCAUCAGUGACACCACCUUCGCUGCUACUGCUACUUCUCACACCAAGGUUCUUUACUCCGAGGUUUUGGGUCAGUUGAUGGCUACUGAUGGUCCUGUCAUCAAACACUUUGCCAUUGCAGCUACCGGCGAGCAGAGAAUUAUUGUUGGCUACAAGAGAGGUACCUCUCCAAGAUACAACUCUGCUCUCUCCUCCUUAGCCGACUAUUACAACGUCAUCUUGAAGCGUAAGUACGUCGAGAAUUUCUCCAACGGCUAUUCUGUAUUGUCCAUGUACAUUGAACACUCUGAUGAUUAUAGUCCCGAAGCAAUCAUUUACCAGAUUACUAAGGAGGCUUCCUUGCUUUACUGCGUUCCAAAUAACUUGUUCCAGGAUAGAUUCGCCGCAGGUGAUAUGUCCGUUCAGGAGUGCAUUUAUGCACAUUGCGCUGUCAUCUUUGCCACUCAUUUCUUGAACAGAUUGGGACCGGAGUACAGCCAAUUGAAGAGUAUUCUUCUUUCUUCUCCAUCUAAAGAUCCUAAGAACCUAGAGCUUAUCUCUAGAUUGAAAGAGCGACUCACUUCUGAAACGUACAGUCAGACCUACAUCCAGGAAUGCCUCGAGAACAACAUUGGUAUUGUUCGUCGGUUGUACCGUCACUUUGUUGAUGUCCAUUACAUCAGCUCGUCUCUUGAAAAGACUCUUUCUUACCAAAGAGUUGCCAAGAUUGUGACAAUUUCAAGUGACGAUCAAUUCAACGAGCUCAUUUCCGAGAUUGGUGCCACUAAUGAAGGAUACGCCUUGGUGUUGCAGGCAUUGUAUGCUUUCAACAAGAGCAUUCUAAAGACUAAUUUCUUUGUCACUUCUAAGCUUGCUAUUUCUUUCAGAUUGAAUCCUACUUUCCUACCUAAGGAUGAAUAUCCAAACACUCCGUUUGGCAUGUUCUUCGUCGUAGGCUCCGACUUCCGUGGCUUCCACAUUAGAUUCAGAGAUAUUGCACGUGGUGGUAUUCGUAUCGUCAAGUCCCGGUCGCUGGAUGCUUAUGCCAAAAACCGUCGUACCAUGUUUGAAGAGAACUAUGGCUUGGCAAGUACCCAGCAAAGGAAAAACAAAGAUAUUCCUGAGGGUGGCUCCAAAGGUGUUAUCCUAUUGGAUGCAGGUGAGGCUCAGAAUAAGACUAAGGAAUGCUUUGCCAAAUAUAUUGACGCUCUUCUUGAUCUAUUGAUCAAGGAUCCUUCUAAGGAAAAUAUUGUUGACCUUUAUGCAAAGCCUGAGAUGUUAUUCAUGGGUCCCGACGAAAACACUGCUGGAUUUGUUGACUGGGCCACUCUACAUGCCAAGAAACGUGGUGCCAAUUUUGGAUUUCCUUGGAAGGCCUUCUUUACUGGAAAGUCUCCAUCCCUAGGUGGUAUUCCUCACGAUCAGUAUGGUAUGACCACUCUUAGUGUUAGAGCUUUCAUUGAAGGCGUCUACGAAAAGUUGGGUAUCACUGAUUGGUCCACUAUUAACAAGUUCCAGAUCGCUGGUGGUGAUGGAGAUUUGGGUUCUAACGAAAUUAAACUUUCUGGAAAUGAGAACUAUGUUGGCCUCGUUGACGGAUUUGGCUGUAUUGUUGACGAGGAUGGAAUUGACAAAGGAGAGUUGUUACGUCUCGCUAACGCUCGUUUGGGUAAUGACCACUUUGACAAAUCGAAGUUAGGACCCAAAGGUUACAUGGUAAUGGUCGAGGACAAGGAUGUCAAGCUUCCUAACGGCCAACACAUUCAGAAUGGAUUGCUUUUCAGAAACAACUUCCACUUGGAAUUGCCUAAGAUCUAUCCAAGCAAGGACUUUGUGAAAUUGUUUGUUCCUUGCGGAGGUAGACCCGCUUCUAUCAAUGCCAACAAUGUUCACUGUCUGUUGGACGAGAAGACAGGUAAGUCAAACAUUCCUAUCAUUGUAGAAGGCGCCAACCUAUUCAUCACUCAGGCUGCCAAGAUAAUUCUUGAACAGAGUGGUGCUAUCGUGUUCAAAGACGCUUCUACAAAUAAGGGCGGAGUGACUUCUUCUUCUAUGGAAGUUUUAGCUGCUUUGGCCUUUGGAGAUGAUGCAUUCCAUCAGCACAUGUGCUUCAAUGAAGAGAUUAAUGAUGUACCAGAAUUCUACAAAUCCUACGUCAAAGAGGUUCAGGAGAUCGUUGUACGUCAUGCCAAAUCCGAAUUUGCUUUAUUGUGGAAGCUGAAGCCGGAAACUGGUAAGACCUUCAGUGAAUUGAGUGAUCAAUUAUCCGUGGCCAUUAACACGUUGGGUGAUGAAUUGAGAGAAUCCAAGGAACUCUGGGACGAUGAUAAGAGGUUUAGAAACGAGGUUUUGGCAGACGCCGUUCCAAAGCUUUUGCUAAGAGCCGUUGGAAUUGACGGCAUCCUCAAAAAUGUGCCUGAAGCUUACUUGAAGGCCAUCUUCGCUACUAAGUUGAGUAGUGAAUUUGUCUACACCAGAGGUGUCGACACCAACCCUGCCAAAUUUUUGGAAUAUAUUUCCAGUUUGAAGAGAAAGCUUGAGAAUUGA